AUGCAAGUAUGGACAUAAUAGCCUAUGAUGAUUACUCCACUCCACCGCUUCAGAGAUAUUGAAAGGACACCUGAAUACCUCCAGCCAGAAAAGUGUGUUCCACCUCCUAGCCGCGCUUCCCUGGGAACAAUGUGGUUUAUUCGAGAUGGCUGUGGUAUUGCAUGUGCUGUCGUUACCUGGAUGCUGGUGUUCUAUGCCGACUUUGUAGUCCUUCUUGUCAUGCUAGUUCCAUCGAGAGAUUAUGUUUAUAGUGUCAUCAAUGGCACACUGUUCAACACCUUGGCUUUCCUCGCUUUGGCUUCACAUUUUCGUGCUAUGCUGACAGAUCCAGGUGCUGUACCCAAAGGUAAUGCCACAAAAGAGUUCAUUGAGAGUUUACAGCUAAAGCCAGGACAGGUGGUUUACAAGUGCCCAAAGUGUUGUAGCAUCAAACCCGACAGAGCACAUCACUGCAGUGUUUGCAAGAGGUGCAUUCGGAAAAUGGACCACCACUGCCCGUGGGUCAAUAACUGUGUAGGAGAGAAUAACCAGAAGUACUUUGUACUGUUUACAAUGUAUAUAGCACUGAUUUCCCUGCAUGCCCUAAUCAUGGUGGGAUUUCACUUCUUGUACUGCUUUGAAGAAGACUGGACAAAAUGUAGUUCCUUCUCUCCACCAACUACAGUGAUUCUACUCAUCCUCUUGUGUUUUGAGGCUCUCCUAUUUCUCAUCUUCACCUCAGUUAUGUUUGGGACCCAAGUACACUCCAUCUGCACUGAUGAAACGGGUAUUGAGCGACUUAAAAACCAAAAGCCAACCUGGGAGAAGAUCAGCGGCUGGGAAGGAAUGAAGCUGGCGUUUGGAGGUGCCUUCUCCCUGGGUUGGUUCAACCCUUUCUCAAACCUGAACUGCGAGAGCCCAGUGCCGGCUGAAGCGGCGGCAGCAGCUCCUGCAUCUGAAAUAAUGACCCAAGAAGAAAUCGAGCAGUUUCUGGCUCGAGAUGUUGCCAUCCAAAUGUUGCGUGAAUAAGCAAAACGUCCUUCUCCUCCAGGAGAAGCUUUGAGCCCUAUGGAAGACUAAAUGUGUGAUGGCAAGAUUAGCCAGCUCUGAAAGUUUUCUGGAAAAAUGCAUCCUCUUUAGCCCAUCCCAUCCCAUUCCAUCCCAUCCCAUCCCAUCCCAUCCCAUCCCAUCCCAUCGGUGCUGCUUGUGGGUUAUGAAUGGAAUGUUGCUAGUACACUGGUCUUAGCAGAGGUGGGAUGCAGGGCCAUGGAUGCAGCAGAUGGAUGAGCUCAUCCUGGGUGUGAUUCCUUUGGGCUCUGAAAUAUCUCCAGGGGUUAAUUUUUACCCUCUGUGCUUGUGAGACUGCCCAGGACUGGUGGUGCUUGUUGGAGGUGGCGGUGGGCUUGUGAUGGUGCUGGCAGGAGCGUUGACCCAUGCCAGUGCAGCCGAGAAGGAACAAGUGUUGGCUGGGAUGCCGAGCUGCUGGUGCUGGUGGGGGGAAGCUUUUCCCUGGGGCUGUGGUUCGUUGGCAUGUAAGAUGUGUGGAGUGGGAGCUGCCUGGCUGAGCCCUGCAGCCCAGGGAGCAGGGAAGCAGUCUAGGCCAGGUACCAGGGCUAUUUUUGCAGUGAAAGAGAGGGCGAUGUGAACACCCUGUGGUGGAGGUACUACCUCUCUCUGUUUGACUUGUCUAAUUUAGAUGUUUCUGUUUUCUUGGUAGCUAGAGUUGGUAGAGAAUGAAUAGUGCCUCCUAAUCUAAUCUAACUGGGUUUAACAUUGUCCUACUAGUAUGUGAAAUUACUCCAGGUUUCCUUUCACUAAUUUUGCAGCCAAUCCCUGGGGAAUGCUGGUGAGCCUUUAGAAGGAGCUCAUAUAGAGGGCAUCACUUCAGGAGGCAGUAGUUGCAGCAAAGUCCUACAGAGGUGUUGCCAGCUGCUGCAUUCAGAUGCACUGCAAACACUUGGCAUCCUCCAGAUAUCAGGCUACUUUUAAUUUAGACUGUUUUUCAUCUGUGUUUUUGUUCCUCUUCUGUCAUAUCCCUUAGAUUAAUUGUCAUUAAAUUUGCAGGAGACUAGAAAUAUGCUACUGGUUUCCCCCUACAGAACAUGCUUGCUUUUAUCUCCCCCUCCCCUCUAACCUGGACCAAAGACAACUGCUUCCUCUCAAAAGGAAGAGAAAGGAGUUCUUGGGAUGAAAGCAUGGUAUUGUGAAAGACAUAUAUGAAGUUUUUAUUAUUUAUAGGAGCAAUAUGAAAUGGAAUUUGUGCAAGAUUUUUUUAAUGUUUGUUUUAACCCCUUGGAAAGCAUCUUUGUGUACAUUGAUUGUGUGACAUUCAGGGCUAGUGUGGAGGGAUGAGAUUCUCUCCUGGACUUGUCCUCUGCCACAGCAAUCCUUUUUUCUGGCAAAGGUAGUGGGAACAAAUAGAGUGCCUUGGCUGUUAAGAGUACAGCUUCACCAAAAUCCAGGAAGUAUUUCUGAAUAGUUGUCCCAUUCCUUGUUCCCUCUGGAUGUCUCUUUGUCAGUGAAAAGUAGAUCUAGAGAACAUCAUUAGGAAUUGUGUAUUUGUAACCUUUGGGAUAAAGGGAAA